CAAUUCUACUAUUUUGUGAUGUUGGAUAUGCUCUUAAGAUGCGAGAAUCUUUUUUUUUUCUUACAUAAAUUGUCCCACAAGUAAAGAGUUGAAAACACCCACACACACAAAAACAUGGCUGGUUUGGGUGUAUGGAUAAUGGCUUUCAUUAGUCUGUGUUCUCUGAACGUAUCAGCUCUUCUCCAACGCCUACACCACCCUGUCAAAGCUGAUGGCUCACUUAGUCUUGUUGUCAUUGGAGACUGGGGAAGGAAAGGAACGUACAACCAAUCAGAAGUUGCUGCUCAGAUGGGAAGAGUUGCAGAAAAGUUAAAUAUCGACUUUGUGAUAUCCACUGGAGACAAUUUCUACGACGAUGGAUUGACUGGUAUAAACGACCCCGCUUUUGAACUUUCCUUCUCAAAAAUCUACACUGCCAAGAGCCUCCAAAAGCAGUGGUAUAAUGUGUUGGGAAACCACGACUACAGGGGAGAUGUGGAAGCACAACUGAGUCCAAUCCUUCAGAAAAUUGAUCCCAGAUGGAUCUGUAAAAGAUCCUUCAUAGUUGAUACUGAAAUUGCUGAGUUCUUCUUUGUCGAUACAACACCUUUUGUGGACAAGUAUUUUCUUAAGCCGAAGGACCACAAGUAUGAUUGGAGAGGAGUGCUUCCAAGGGAGAAAUAUUUAUCAAAGCUCUUAAAGGAUCUGGAAAUAGCCUUAAAGGGUUCUUCUGCCAACUGGAAGAUUGUUGUGGGGCAUCAUCCUAUAAGAAGCAUAGGACACCAUGGUGACACCCAAGAGCUCAUAAGGCAGCUUCUGCCAAUUCUUGAGGCAAAUGAUGUGGAUAUGUACAUUAAUGGGCAUGACCAUUGCUUGGAACACAUAAUUAGCAGAAGCAGCCAAAUCCAAUUCUUAACCAGUGGUGGAGGUUCAAAGGCAUGGAAAGGAGACACAGAUAACAAUAGGAAAGAUGGCGCAAAGUUUUACUAUGAUGGACAAGGAUUUAUGUCUGUGGAGCUUGAACAAACGAAUGCAAAAGUUGUUUAUUAUGAUAUUUUUGGCAAAGUUCUGCAUGUUGUGAAUCUGUCCAAGGAGUUACGUUCUGCCUAUGCCAUAUAGAAGAGACUCAUUCAGUGAUUGAAGAGACUUUGAGAAGGAGAACGUAUAGGAAAUCAAAAGAAAUUAAACAAUUAAAGACGAAAAGAAAAGAUGUGUAUCAUACGUAAUGACCAAUGAAAGAUUACUGUCAUUAAUAAUGAAAAAAAUAUCAGAUACUCAAUCAAGGUCCGAUGUAUAGUAUGUUGGCCUAAAUAGUUGAAGGUGACAGUGUAGUGUAAUAAUGGUUGAAUAUUGAAAUAUACUGAAUUGGCUUAUGGUGGUUGGUUAUCUUAGGAA